AUGGCCACGCCUAGCAGACAUGCACAAAUGUUGUGCACACAGCUGACCAGCUUGCAAUUGCAAGAAAGGUGGAACAUCGUGUCAUCGUUACCGUAUCCAGCUCACCGUUCUGCAAAGACACGGUCUGCCGGCACGCCCGUUCCCGUCGUAGCUGUGUUGGUCCUUAAAGGUUUGUGUAGGUGGGGCGCACGGAGGAUGGCGUUGACCUUUGCAUCGCCUUCCUUGACCAAAGAACUUGCGCCGCCGGUAGCACAGGUAGCACAGGCCGGGGCCCGAGCCCCACUUGGGCUCGUGGAGAUUCAGAGCAAGGAGAGGCACCGAGCGGUGACUGCCGGAGCUCUCGUCUUGGGCGCGGGCUUCUGCAGAUCCCAAGCUCGCAAAAGCCGGCGCUGUCGACUCCAAGCUGCAAGCGGAGCGAGUGAAGUGAAAGAGUCAGUUCCCACGGGGCAGGAACAGCAGGAUCGAGGCGAGAAAUGCGGCGAGGACGAUCGUUUGGUGAGAUACCUGGGAGGGAACGUAUCGGUCCGCGCAAUUUCUGCUAAAGGCUUGGUGCAGAGGGUCACUGAGAUGCACAACUGCUCCCCGAUGGCUGCCAUUGCACUCGGUCGUUCGCUGAUGGCCACAGCAUUGCUGGCAAAUGGCCGUGAUGAGGGCGAAAACCUUCAGAUGCGCAUACAAGGGACUGGCCCGAUCGGAACGAUCAUCACAGAAGCGUCUUCAGCCUUGACAUGCCGCGGCAUGGUUGGUUACCCAAGUGCAGAUGCCACCUCCGUGCCGGAACUCGUGGGCAUGAACGAGGCUGCCACUCUCCGACUCACCCGGACGCACCCCUUUUGGAAGCGACCCUAUACUGGCACGAUCGCGUUGAGGUGUGGAGAGAUUGCUGAGGAUGUCGUGCAGUAUCUGGCCAUGAGUGAGCAGACUCCCGCGUCCAUGGGCCUCAGCGUGGAAUGGGAUGCAGAGGCCGGCUGUGUCAAAGCUGCAGAAGGCUGGCUGGUAACGCUGCUACCAGGUUGGGAAGAAACAGAAGUUGCUGUCGUUGAGACCAAUAUCAAGACCUUUCCCAACAUGGACACCAGCGGCUCAUCUCGUCCCGACGCGAUUUGCCAACACAUGAUGCGAGAGCUUCGUGGUGAGUUCCAAGCAGAACAAACACCCACCUUCCGCUGCCCUUGUUCCAAGUCACGGUUGGCAACGGCUGUGAUGAUGCUCGGGAAGGAGGAGGUGCUUAACAUUAUUGAGGAGAAGGAGAAUGUGGAGGCCAAGUGUGAUUGGUGCGGAACACCUCACGUCCUUACACCAGAAGAAGAGAUCUCCGUUGGAGGGCAGGGGCAUGUGAUCAUCCUGGGAGCUGGUCUGGUUGGCUCACUGUGCGCAGUAGUCCUCUUGCAGAAAGGCUUCAAGGUUCAUCUUUUUGAGCGCUACCAAGACAUCCGAUCUAUACCCAGUGCCGGGAGGUCUAUCAACUUGAGUGUUACUAGCCGUGGACUCCGAGCAAUUAAAGCUCUAGGCGGAACCCUUUACAGCGACAUUAUCGCAAAUUUGACUACCAAAGUCAUGGGCCGGAUCAUUCACAUGCCCGAUGGGAAGGCCAUUUUCCAAAGGUAUGGCAAAGACGAUACAGAGCAUAAUUAUUCUGUCUCGCGCUUGGAUCUCAACAAGUUCCUCCUGAAUGCAGCUGCUGAUGCCGGCGCGGAGCUACACUUCGACCACGCCCUGCUUGAAAGCUCUGACUUCUUGACAGACGGCAGCAUCGGAAGCUGCCUGCAUUUCAAGCGAGGCACUGAUUUCAUGAAGGUUCGUGCAGACUGCCCGGUGAUUGCAUGCGAUGGUGCUGGUUCUCGGGUUCGGUAUGCUCUCCGUCGAUGUGGCUUGACAGAGUUUACGGAGGACUUGCUCACUCGAGGGUACAAGGAGGUGCUCUUUCCAAAGCCUGAAGAGGGAAGCCCGGGAUUUGGGGCCACGGGUUGCGAUGGCGGCGAAGCGUGCGAUGGUAGGUUGGGCCUGCACAUCUGGCCACGAGGCGACCACAUGCUCAUGGCUUUAGCAAAUCGAGAUGGGUCUUUCACCGGGACCAUCUACAUGGACAACGAGGGUGAGGAAGAAGCAUUUGCAGCUUUCACAGACACGCCCGAAGGCCGAGCGAAGUGCUCUCAAUUCUGCGAGAAGUACUACUCCGAUGCGAUCCCGCACGUCGGAGGACUCGAAAGCCUCGUGAACCAGAUUGUCAAGAAUCCGACCGGCAUCCUCGGAACGGUUCGAGCAACAAAGUGGACAUCCCAGGGCAAGGUCCUGCUCAUCGGUGACUCCUGCCAUGCGAUGGUUCCCUUUUUUGGUCAGGGCUGCAACUGCGGCUUCGAAGACACGUUGUGGCUCAGCAAGCUCAUCGACAGGUACUGUUGCGAUGCGGGCAAGGUCUCCGCAGAGAAGUGCACUGCAGAGAAUUUUGCCGCCUGCUUUGCAGCUGUGGAGGCAGAACGAAAGCCAAGUGCAGAUGCCAUCUGUGAGAUGGCCCUCGAGAAUUUUCUGGAGAUGCGGGACAAGACAGGCGAUGUGAAGUUCCAAGUCUUGAAGAAGGUUGAGAACCGUCUGGAAAAUGUUUUCCCAGACAAGUUCAGGAGCCGGUAUGCCAUGGUCUGCUACGGAGGAGAAGGGAACGUUUCCUACGCGAACGCCAAGGACCUGGGCACUGUCCAAGCGAACAUCCUGGAGAAGUUGUGGGACAGCUCCGGUGGCAUAGCUCCGGAGCAGGUCAACUCAAUCGAGCUUGAUGAGGCCGAGAAGCUGAUUGACCAGCUUCUGGUGCCCAGGCAGAAAGAGCUCGGAAUUGACCUCUCAACCAUCAAACACUGA